CAACCACAACAACAGCCACCCCAACCACAACAUCUGUCAUGCCUACCACUAUGACUGCCAUGGAAACAUGGCAGUCAUAGUGGCCAUCUGAAUACAUCAACUCCUUCAGCAACUGAUGUGGAACUUUAUGUGCUCCAUGAAUUGUUCAUCCCAGUCGCCAGUGUGCCACCAAACAUAGUUGAUUUAUUCAGAGCAGCACACAAAAAUGAAAGCUUCCCUGUAACCCUCACAUCUUCUUUAAAAGUUAUAGAACUAAAUAUAACAACAGUCUGUCAUCCAAACUCCACUUAUGGCCUGGAAUGCAAAUGUGAGGAUGGCUUUGGUUGGCCAUGUGAGAUGUGCAACAGCUACAAUUCAUGCAGUAGUGACAUCAGUCAAACCUGUACAUGCAUUUAUGAACAGUCAUUUGUACACCAGUACUGUCAGCCAAUUACAGAAAUCGCUGAGUGUCCUGUGCCAAACACAACAACAAUACCAGAAUUACCAACAGUGACAAACACGACAAUACCAGAAAUGACAACUGUGACAAAUGCAACAAUGCCAGAGAUAACAGUGACAAAAGCAACAACGUUAGAAAUGACAACUGUGACAAAUGCAACAACACAAGAAAUAACAACAGUGACAAACACAACAACACCAGAAAUAACAGUGACUAAUGCAACAACACCAGAAAUAACAACCAUAACAAACGCAACAACACCAGAAAUAACAACAGUGACAAACGUAACAAUGCCAGAAAUAACAAUGACAAAUGCAACAACACCAGAAAUUACAACCAUAACAAAUGCAACAACACCAGAAAUUACAACCGUGACAAACGAAACAACACCAGAAAUAACAGUUACUAAUGCAACAACACCAGAAAUAACAACAGUGACAAACGCAACAACACCAGAAAUAACCACAGUGACAAAUGCAACAACACCAGAAAUAACAACCGUGACAAAUGCAACAACACCAGAAAUAACCACAGUGACAAAUGCAACAACACCAGAAAUAACAACCGUGACAAACACAACACCAGAAAUAACAACUGUGACCAACGCAACAACACCAGAAAUAAAAGUGACAAAUGCAACAACGUUAGAAAUGACAACUGUGACAAAUCCAACAACACCAGAAAUAACAACCGUGACAAACACACCAGAAAUAACAACUGUGACCAAUGCAUCAACACCAGAAAUAACAACAGUGACAAGUACAACAACAUCAGAAAUAACAACCAUAACAAACGCAACAACACCAGAAAUAACAACCUGACAAAUGCAACAACACCAGAAAUAACAACCGUGACAAACACAACAACAGAAAUAACAACAGUGACAAAUGCAACAACACCA